CUGCAUCUGCUAUUUUAAGAUUGAUUGUAAAAUAGUUUUUUGCGUCUUUGUAGAAUGUCCUUUUCUCCCUUGUUGUUGAACUUCUUCUUGUGUUUAUAGAGCUGAACUUUCAGGCGGUUGCUGUUUGUUUUUGGGCGAUAACAGAGGUUAGUUGGGUGGUAAUGUUGUCCACAGGAUCAGUCAAAUUACAGGCUUGCCAUUCAUUGUCUAUGUGAGCAGCCAGGCAAAGCAUUCUGGUAGCACUGUGGCGCAUUUCGAAAGAUGGUGGUUACGUUGGCUGCUGCUCAUUUGCAAUAAAGUACAGGUCUAGGCAACUUUCUUUAAGUCUUCAAGGGGAAAUUAGUCGCUGUGCUCUGAGCAGCAUGGAGGCUUCAAAGAUGAGGAUGGCGGUCUCGUACUUACAACAGGUUUACAACUGGUUGUUUGCUGUAAUCAGUCAUUUUUAUUACACAUUCUUGUUUAUUUGAACAUAGUAUGAAGCUUCAACAAUCUGAGUAAGAAGAAUCAAGUCUUUUUGUUUUCUCUGACUAUUUCAUGAGCUAUGGUGGAGGGAUGAUGACACAAAAAUGUAUUUUGAAUUAAAAAGUAACUUUGGAAAAUCCCCACUGGAUUUAUCUCACAGUGUGAACAAGAGGAAUGACUACAGCAAGCAAAUCAUGCAAAAUAAAAAUGUGAACCUAUCCUCAAGGCCCCAGCGUACCAGCUACACUUCAUUUCCCUAGCACUGUUAUCACAUUGAUGAGCUGUGAUCCUCUUCCUGUUCUUGACUUUGUUCUGUAAACAUACCCGUAGUCAAGCAACAGGCACCUGCCUGUCUGCUUCCUGCCUUAGCCCUGUUAGAUUUGCCUGUUUGAACUGCCAUAAAGUUACCAAACUGCAAGCUUGUUUUGGCAAAGUUUCUUUAUCGGCAAUUGGGGGAAUCUAUCGUAACUCACUGGGCACGCCUGACCCUACCCAUCCAUGCUAACUUGCGCUACUAAUUAGACAGGCCUAGGAAGAGAGUGACUCAGCCACAGCAGCUCAUGUAUUCGUAAGACAAAAGGCUUUUGAGUCGCAAUCUGCAACAAAACCGCUAGAUGCCACUAAAUUACACAUGACCAUUUAUCCAUUAUAUUAUAAUCUGCUUACUUACUGUCAGCUCCACAGCAAAUAUUUCCAUUCAUGCUGCAGCAUUGAAUUUCUAUGUAGUAUGUAUCUUGGAAGCUGGUCUGAUGUCAUAUCUUUUUUCAGGUUGGGAAGGUGAAGGUUUGGGGGUCUGACAGCAGUCAGACAGCAAAGUCUGCCACUAUACCUGCACGAGUUUAAUAGGGAGCCAAAAUGGUGAAAGCUACGGAGCUCUGGAAUAUUCUGCAGGAUUUAGGAGAAGACGAGUUUAAGCAUUUCAAAUGGUUCCUGAAGCAGGAUGACAUCCUGGAGGGUUGUACAGGAAUCCCAGUGGCUCGGUUGGAGAAAGCAGAAAGGCAGGACACAGUGGAUCUCAUGGUACAGAAAUAUCAGGGUUCUGGAGCUCUGAAGCUAACCUUGAAGGUUUUAGAAAAUAUCUACAGGAAUGACCUGGUGCAGCGUUUGCAAAACUCCAGCCCGGGGGCAAAAGACGUCACGAACCAUGGAUCUGUUCUUCUCAAAAGUGAUUAUGAAAAACAGAAGGCUGAGCUUGGGGCUAAAAUUAAACUGAUGAUCCAGGAGAGACAGAUGAAGAUCGGAGAAAUCAGACACUCAGCAGAUCUCAGCAGCAAAUCUGCAGACAGACAUAUCGCAGACAGUGAGCAGGUGUUUACUGCUUUGCUGCAGUCCGUCAAGACAAGUCUGGAUACUCUCAUCGAAGCCAUUAAUGAAAAGCGAAAAGAGACACAGAAACAGGCCAAAGAAUUCAUCCAAGAGCUGGAGCAGGAAAUCUCCGAGCUGACAAAGAAAAGCACUAAGAUGGAGCAGCUCUCACGAACUGAAGACCACCCUGACUUCCUGAAUCUGUUCUCAUCCCUGAAUGCUAUUCCAACCACCAAAAACUGGACAGAAGUCACCAUUCCUCCUCCAUCUUAUGGGGGAAGCGUGGGUGCCACUAUGAAUCAGCUGGAGGAAAAAUUCAGCAAAGAGAAGAAGAAGUUGAUCGACAAGGCCAAGUUGAACAGGGUACAGCAGUUCACAAAGGAUGUGACUCUAGAUCCCGAUACAGCAAAUCCCUACCUCAUUUUAUCUGACGAUGGGAAACAAGUUUACUGUGGUGGCGUAAAACAAAAUCUCCCAGAUAACCCGGAAAGAUUUAAUACUGCUAGUAAUGUUUUGGGAAAGCAGAGUUUCUCUUCAGGGAGAUUUUACUACGAGGUUCUGGUUAAGGGGAAGACUUCCUGGGAUUUGGGUGUCGUCAAAGAGUCGAUUAACAGAAAGGGAUCGAUCACAGCGAGCCCCAUGAACGGCUACUGGACUAUGUGUUUAAGGACCGGAGUCGGUGUAAAAUAUCCGCCAAAGAAGGUGGGCGUGUUUGUGGAUUAUGACAAAGGUUCAGUCUCCUUUUAUGACGUAGAUACUGCCGACAUUAUCCAAAAGUUUAAUGACUGUUCCUUCACUGAGAAACUCUACCCAUUCUUCAGUCCCGGUCCUUAUCAUGGUGGUAAAAACUCCACCCCUCUGAUCAUCUCUCCUGUCAAUUACAACGAUUAGGUGGAUUUGAUCAAGCAUCCAUUCAAAACGAUUCCACAAUUCACGAAUCAGCUGAAAAGGUUUCGGGGUUUGGUUGUUGUGCCACUGUCUGUUUGAUGAAAUGGAGUUACAGAUGUGUGUGCUGCCUUGCUAUGAUCAUCACAAAUAGUCAAGGAAGUCUUUUCUGGUCCAGUAUUCAACUUAUACAGUGUGAUGUAGAAACUUGAAGCCACGAGCGCACAUCAACUGAAAAUGGACUUUACAUCUUGUGUCCAACAGGAAAACUUGACACAUUGUUGUUCCAAGCAGAUUAUUUGUUCUAACAUAAAAACAUCUGGAGGGGAUCAAUAAUAUCUGUUCUAUAAACAAGGAUAUUAACCUCCCCCAACUUGUAAUAUAUAUUAUUAAUGUAUUCUGUAUGGUACCCUCUUUUUUUUUUUUUUAGCAUUGAGGAUGGAAUAGCCAGUUUUUGUACUCUCACGUCAUUAU